AUGGCGAUGGUAGCACGAGACAUUGAUGAAUUGCCAAAGAACGCAGCAAACUACACAGCCUUGACGCCAUUGUGGUUUUUGGAAAGAGCAGCUAAGGUUCAUCCAACCAGAAAGUCACUCAUCUAUGGAUCUCGUCAUUACACAUGGCAUCAGACGUACCAACGUUGCCGCCGAUUCGCCUCUGCUCUUUCUAACUUUUCCAUCGGACUUGGAAACACUGUAUCUGUUAUUGCACCUAAUGUUCCAGCCAUUUAUGAAGCUCAUUUUGCAGUUCCAAUGGCAGGGUCAGUGUUAAACACAGUGAAUAUUAGGCUAAAUGCAUCCACAGUAGCUUUUCUUCUAAGUCAUUGUAAUGCAUCAGUUGUAAUUGUGGAUCAAGAGUUUUUUUUAUUGGCAGAAGAAGCAUUGAAAAUAUGGUCUACAAAAACAAACACAUUCAAGCCUCCAAUUUUAAUUGUGGUUGGCGAUGAAAAUUGCGACGCUAAAUCACUUAAAUACGCGUUGAGCAAAGGCGCCAUUGAUUACGAGGAUUUUCUUCAAAGUGGAGACCCUGAGUACGCUUGGAAAGCGCCCGAAGAUGAGUGGCAGAGCAUUACUUUGGGUUACACGUCAGGAACCACUUCGAAUCCGAAGGGAGUGGUGUUACAUCACCGCGGAGCGUAUCUUAUGUCGCUUAGUGCAGCAAUGGUUUGGGGAAUGAAUCAAGGAGCUGUUUAUCUUUGGACUUUGCCAAUGUUUCAUUGCAAUGGUUGGUGCUAUACUUGGACACUCGCAGCUCUAUUUGGAACUAACAUAUGUCUCCGCCAGGUAUCUGCGAAAGCAGUAUACGAAGCCAUUAGCAAAUACAAAGUGACUAAUUUUUGUGCAGCACCGGUGGUGCUUAACUCAAUAAUGAAUGCUCCGGAAGAAGAUACCAUACUUCCUCUACCACAUGUUGUAGAUGUGAAUACCGGUGGUGCACCUCCUCCUCCUUCUCUAUUAUCCGGCAUGUCCAAACUCGGGUUUCGCGUCAUGCACAAUUACGGUCUUUCAGAAACCUUUGGCCCGUCGGUCUACUGCGCGUGGAAACCAGACUGGGAUUCGCUUCCACCGGAGUCCCAAGCCAAACUCCACGCGAGACAAGGUAUUCGUUACAUAGCCUUGGAAAACCUCGAAGUAAUGAACACGAAAACAAUGCGACCUGUUCCGGCUGAUGGAAAAACCAUCGGCGAGAUCGUGAUGCGUGGUAAUGUCGUGAUGAAAGGCUACUUAAAGAAUCCAAAAGCUAAUGAAGAGGCGUUUGCAAAUGGAUGGUUUCAUACCGGCGAUCUUGCUGUGAAACAUGAAGAUGGAUAUAUAGAAAUUAAAGAUAGGUCAAAAGAUAUUAUUAUUUCGGGUGGUGAAAAUAUAAGCAGUGUAGAGAUAGAGAAUACUCUAUACUCACAUCCUGCAAUAUUGGAGACUUCUGUGGUUGCUAGGCCAGAUGAGAAAUGGGGUGAGUCUCCAUGUGCAUUUGUGACAUUGAAGCCAGGUGUGAGUAGUAGUAAUGAAAAGAGGUUUGUUGAGGAUAUAAUGAAUUUUUGCAAGGCUAAGAUGUCUGCUUAUAUGGUCCCAAAAUCAGUUGUGUUUGGGCCAUUACCUAAGACAGCUACUGGGAAGAUACAGAAGAAUCUGCUGAGGGCUAAGGCUAAGGAGAUGGGGGCUGUCAUGAUGAGCAAGAUGUAA